UGUUGCGUUUUUCUUUUCUGAAGGAACUGCCUGUGUUAUGUGAUUUUAUGGAUUCCAUCUUUCAUGGCGUUUAACACUUUCAUGCUAAAAACCUUAUGCUUUCGGCUAUAGCAAGUAAUCAUAACACAAAGGAGAGGAAACUUUAAAGACGAAAGUAACAGCUUUUCACUUAGUAUGGCAUUUACCAACAGAGCAGACAGGCUUGCUGCCCUUCCCUCCCAACAGGGCUGCGGAUUCAUGAAUGAUGGAUCCAUCAAAGCCAAUUUGCAAUUACCUUUGGGCAGGAAUUGUUUUUUAAACGAGUGCAACUGAGACAGUAAGGUAGCCACAAACAAUAUUAACCCAGUGCCAGUCGAAAUGGUUUCUCAUUUCUGAUUUAUUUUCUCGCCAGCUAAAACAGACCAAGAAAACACGCAAGAAAUACCUCUCAUUCCACACCAGGGACAGGAAGGCAGCUUCCUUGUCCUCUGGCUUCAAAGUUCACCCCAACAAAAAAAGUCAGCGAGAGAUGGCUUUAGACAGCCUCCAAGUGGGACCCACGCAACAGAAGACUGAAAGACAUGACCAAUGUGUGAACCCUUUCGACACUCUUCCACUACCACCAAUUUGAGUUGACUCCCUUUUACUUCCUUCCUGCUGUCUCUCCCUUCCUUCUUCCUUGCCACUCUUUGUCUCUCUGCAAUGGCUCCUCUUUCUUUGUUUUCCUUGUUUCUUUCUUUCCUUCUGCUUCUUUCCCCUGCCUUUUCAACCAACUCUGAAGGAAAUGCUUUGUAUGCUUUGAGAAGAAGGCUUUCUGACCCCACCAAUGUGUUGCAGAGUUGGGACCCAACUCUUGUCAAUCCCUGCACCUGGUUUCAUGUCACCUGUGAUUCCAACAAUCAUGUGAUUCGUUUGGACUUGGGAAACUCUAAUAUCUCUGGGACUUUGGGGCCUGAGAUAGGUCAACUCCAACAUCUGCAGUAUUUGGAGCUAUACAAAAAUGACAUAAGAGGGAAAAUUCCAAAGGAGCUGGGGAAUCUGAAGGACCUUGUUGGCAUGGAUUUGUAUGGUAACAGAUUUGAAGGAGAAAUACCAAAAUCUUUUGCCAAACUGAAGUCACUGAGAUUCCUUCGUCUAAACAACAAUAACCUAACAGGUUCCAUUCCAAGGGAGCUCACUAGCCUCUCAAACCUUAAAGUAUUUGAUGUUUCUAAUAAUGAUCUCUGUGGAACAAUUCCAGUUGAUGGUCCUUUUGCAAUGUUUUCAGUACCAAGCUUUGAAAACAACAAGCGCCUGAAUGGACCGGAGCUGAAAGGACUUGUGCCGUAUGACUUUGGCUGCUGAAGAAGCCAAUGUUGGUCGAACUUAAAUUUGAUGACUGCAAAAACUGUGAUGCUAUGCCUUACGCAGAUAUCUAUGAUAUAUCAAUGGGAAUGCCUGCGAUUUUUAUGUAGUAGUUGGUAGUGGUACUCUCUACGCUGUAUCUAUAUAGCCUGCGAAAAUAAAAUGAUCCGGAGUUUUAAAACCUCAAAAUUUUACAUGUUC